UCAUUUGAACAUCCCAAAUAUUCCUCAAGAUAAAUACUUAAGUGCGGUGAAAAUAGGUUACACUAACUACAGACUAAAUAAUGGAUGUCACUGACUACAUGGUAAGACAAGCACAGCCCUCACAAGCAGUAUAAGUAUGGCCUGAGCACGCUGCUCUCUGUGAUUGAUGUCGCUAACUGUCACUUACACAAAAAACUUACUCGCACGCUUGAAGACGUCGCCAUGAAAGCCGAUAUGUCGUGCAGUCCGGUCAAGUGAUCUUUUAAAAGUGCGGUAAUUCAACCUGACCCGAGGCCGCAACAAGAAAGGCGGGGACAGUGAGGCGGGAAUUUACUACUCCGCUAAGCUUUCUGAGAGUCCAUUGCGUUCGGUUGCCAUAGAGACGCACACAGAAGGAAACACGGAUCUCGGAAACGAUGCUGAGCGUAAAAUUGACAUACUGCUGAUUUUUAGGCAUUAUCGUCAAAAGGGGUCACGAUGUCAUUCUCUGUAGCCAAGAGCAGACUUGACACUCUACAGAUCUAUCGGCUCCUUCAGUGCGUCCGGGAGGGAGACAAACCGUACGUAGAGAAAUUAAUCUCUAUGGGUGUCGAUGACCUUAUUAAUCUCACGGAACCGCGCGAAGGUAACGGUGUCCUUCACCUGGCAUCGGUGGCCAACAACCACGACAUGCUGGAGUUCCUAAUAGCGAAAGGAGCCAGCCCAAACGUGCAGGAUAGGAGAGGACGAACGCCGCUGAUGCUGGCUGCGGAGCUCGGGUACGACGGCAUCGUGUCGUUGUUGGCAAAGAAAAACGCAAACAUGACACUUGUAGACAACGAAGGGAAGGGCUUGCUUUUCUACUGCAUCCACCCCACCAAAAGGCACAUGCGCUGCCUCCAGGUGGCCCUUAUGGGCAAUGCAGAUGUAAACAAUGCUUCAACAAAUGGGAUGCCUGUGUUCCUGCUGGCCUGUGAGCAAGCUCAGGACUGUGAGGGAAUGUGUCUCAGGAUCCUGGAAAGAGGAGCCGACCCCAAUGCGACAAAUCAGGUGACAGGUCAGACUGCUUUGAUGGAGGCGAUCAGAGGAGGAGCAAUGGAGCUAGUGAGAGCAAUUCUAAAAAAAGGAGGAAAUGUCAAUGCUGUGGAUAAGAAGGGAUUCCAUGCAGCUCAUUUUGCAUCUGAACGAGGCUUUAUUGAAAUCAUUAAGGUGCUGUCUGCAUAUGCAGCUGACCUCGGAGCGGUGACAAAAGAUGGAGAAACACCUCUGCACUUUGCUGCCUCUGGUGGAUACACAGAUUGUUGCAGGUUUUUAGCUCAAAGAGGAUGCAAUCCCAAACUGAAAAAUCAAGAAGGUCUUCUUCCCCGUCAGAUUGCUAAGGACUGCGGUCACAAGGCCACCGUAAAAGAGCUUAUGAAGGCUGAACGAUUACAUGGAAAGUUCGCCAAAGGAAUGGGCAGCACAAAUGAACCGUGGGCUCUGACACUUCACGACUGGUCUCAUGAGAAUGAGGACGCACUGAGAAACGCUUGGGAGUCAGCCCCAGACAACAUCACUGGAAUAGAUGCAGUGUCCAGGGCAACGUUUGUGUCAGUUCUUCGUGAACUUCAGGCUCCUAUAGACGAUGACCAAAUUCGGAAUCUUCUUUUUUCUCUCGACAGGAGGAGAGAGGGAUUCAUAGAUGUUAAUGAUUUCUUGAAAGGCCUCAAAUACCUUCCUAAGACUUACGUUAUGGCAUCUUAUGGGCCUAAGAAGAAAAAGGCAAGCAAAACAGGAAAGACUAAGAAGAGUAAAUUUAAUCUACCUUUGCCUAUCUGCACUAUUCCUCCUGAGCUCAUCCUUCGGCGCGAUGAUGGUGGACCACCACAUUUUAUGAUCGAAAGCUACCAGCAUGCCACAGACAUACACAGAUUUGACCGGGAUCAUAGACCAGAACAUCCUAUUGAAGAUGACACAGGGUGGUACAUAGAUGAGCCUGAAAAAAUAUUCAUUAAUAUGAAUUACUGUGUUAAAACGGGAGAUAUUGAAUCUCUUAAGCUGGCAGUUAGUCAGAAGGUUCCUGUAGAUGUGAAAGACCGCUUUUACAAGACACCACUUAUGGCUGCAUGUGCAAGUGGGAACUAUGAGAUGGCAAAGUUUCUUCUUGAUAAUGGGGCUGACGUGAAUGCAUGCGACCAGUUCAGUUGGACUCCUCUGCAUCAUGCCUGCCAUGCAGGACAGCUAGACAUCAUACAGCUGCUGCUGGAGGUUGGAGCUUCUGUGGACCCGCCCACCCUGAAUGGGGCCACUCCCCUAAUGAGAGCAAUUGAGAGCUGUCGGCCGUCCUGUGUGGACUAUCUCAUCAAAGCUGGGGCGAAGAUCAACGCAGUAAAUAAAACAGAGCAAAACUGCUUGGACGUUGCCCAUGCUUAUGCAGACUUCAGGGUGGUGGAUUUGAUCCAGGCCAAGAUUCAUGCCCUACCCAGACAUAGGGACAAGAAGGCACAACCUGCCAAAGUCAAACGCAAACCAACUCCGGCCUCCGCUUCUGGAUCGAUGAAAGAAAAGCAGGGCUCCGUUUCCACUCCCCCAGCCUCCUCAAACUCAGCAGUCAAGAAAGCAAUGAAGAAAGACAGCGUUAUCGUGCAUAGCACUCAGAUCACCAGCGGCAAGCUCAACAAAUUGGACAUCAGUUUUGUGCCAAGAACGACGUGGCGAAAUCAGCUGACCACUAUCGAGCUUAUGGAGAAGAAAGCCAUGAGGAGAAAACGCUUCACCUAUGAAGUGGACUUUGACGACUUCAAGAUGCCAUUCAAUAAAAACAUUCAGAAGAAGUCUGUUGAGUUUGAGCUCACCGAUUGAAAGAGACCACGUCUCCAAUAGAAAAGUCAAUGUUAUUAUUUCCCAAAAAGCGUAAUUCCUGAAAACUUGGGCAUGUGUGGUAUGGACCUGAAUGAUGGAUCAAAUUGUGUGGUUUGUUACAUUUAUGCAUUUAACAGGUGCUUUUAUCCAAUGCAACUUAUAAGCUAAACAUCUUUGUGUGUUCCGUGAACAAUCAAAUGAUUAUUGAUUAUGGCAUGAUAGUUCAUCCAGAAAUAAAAAAUAUUUUGGUUUUUAUUCACCCCUGUACUUUAAAACCUGUAUGUGACUCUUUCUUCUGUGGAACACAGAAUAGAAGUCAAUGGGGACCAAUGUUGUUUGCCGACUGACAUUUUUCAAAAUAUCUUCUUUUGUGUUCUGUGGAAAAAAAGAACGUUUCUUCGGCAGGUUUGAAGUGACAUGAGGGGUGAGUCAAUUUAAAUGAACUAUAUUUUUGCUAAAGCCAUAUCUUAAGACAAAUAAAAAAAGGGGAAUUCUGUUUUUAGUCAGUAAGCUGCUACCUGGCAUUCACUCGAACACAUUAGCAACCUCACAGAAACAUCUCGGCAUCCAACCAGAACAUAAAAGCAUUUUCAAAGAAUUUAAAUUAAACUUUCUUUUUAUAUAUUCAGGGCUCCGAUUUACCCCGCUAGUCAACAUCUAGUUUUCACAGAUAAGGUUUAGGGCUAAUCCAAGACGUUCCGUGCCAUUGUUCUGUUUCAAGAUGCACAUCUGUGCAUUUAUGAACAUUUAAGGCGUUUAAAAAAAUGUACAAAGCCUAAAUUAACUAAGGCAAGGUCCGGGCUUAGCUAAGCCUUGUCUAUGAAACCGGGCCAUGUGUUUAUACAAUGGUUACUCUGGGAUUAAAAAUGGCAUAUUUCACUGCUGUUUCUCUGUCAUCUCAGAGAGGGAAGUGCAUUAAGCCAGAUUGAUUAUUCGUUUAUGAGAGGCUGGAGAUGAGAUCUGCUGCCUACGUGCUGGCAUGCAGUUUGUCUCCUAUGUGUCUAAGCGUCUGUCGACAGUGCUGAAUACAGGCCUCUCGCCACAGGCAGCGCAGCACAAACCCCUCAUGUUGUUUAUCUCUGAAAACUGAACAGUUCUAUCAGUAUGCAGGAAUCUGA